GUUUACUAUGAUAUAUUAUUCGUGCUCCUGACAUCUACACACAAUGAUGCGCAAAUUGUAUAAGAGUUUUCGAUUCGGAAACAAAGCAGAUCGAAAUAAUGCUGAACAAAUUCGGUCCAGCUCCUUCAGAGAGCAUAUCAGAAAUGAAGCGUCGCCAGUUCCCGCCAAUCCGAAUUCAACCAACCGACCCGCUGUCGCAGACACAAAUGGUCAAGCUCCAACUGCUGGUUCGACAGUCGUUAAACCCCCAGAAUGGGAGAAAGACGAAGAGUUGGUUAGAGGAAGUCAUUGUCAGUUCAGAAUCAAGUACUUGGGAUCGAAAGAGGUUAACGACUCGCGAGGAAUGCAGUUGUGCGAUGACGCAUUCGCCUCUCUUGCGGCGAGAUAUAAACAGUACAAAAAAGGAGGUUCUGGUCUUUCUUCCAAAGUGCAGAUCAAACUGCUGCGCUCCAAAAAUUCGAGUACAACAGUUUCCUCUGGGGGACAAAGACCGGCCAAAAAUGCACUGUUUUAUAUUUCAUCCGAUGGCUUGAGAGUCGUUGACGAGAACAGCAAGUCGCUUAUUGUUGACCAAACUAUUGAAAAGGUUUCAUUCUGUGCUCCUGUUAGAGUAAACACGAAGGGGUUCGCAUACAUUGCACGAGACGGGGCAUCAAAAAGAUGGAUGUGUCACGUGUUACUUGCCAAAGAUGUGAAGGGAGAAGGCGAGAGACUCAGUCAUGCAGUUGGUUGUGCGUUCAGUGCUUGCCUGGAGGCCAAAAAGCAGCGAGAUGCUCUCUGCAGUGUAGAAGCCAACUUCCAUAAUAAGAACAAGUCAGUGUUUGAGAAACAAGGCACAUUCAAGGAGCAGAAGACACCGGCCUCAAAUGAGCCGAGAAGCUCUAAGGAUGAGACCAAAAAGGAGUUUUCUUCUAAACGAGUAUUCGGAGUUGUGAAAAACGCAAUUCCAGAAGACGAGGAGUGGGAGGAACCAUCACAAGAAGCAGCUCCUCGAAACUCUUCAGCAGGUCCCGUCGAUACUCCCGACAGUGCAAUAGAACGAAAACACGCGCCUGCCGCCAUGCUGGAACGAAUGCAAUCUAUGAAAGAAUUUUCGAAACUCAACAGCAAACACGACUUGCCUUUUAGUGAUAGGAGCAAACGGCGAAACAUGUCCAUGCAAAUAAAACAGUCAGUGUCCGUUACAGAAGGAAUGAGAACUUUGGCUGAGAGACCUGGACUUCCCAGACAGCAGUCUUUGUGUAUAGAUGAUUCUAGAAUGUUGAACCAACCUAGUGACAUCGCAAGUUCGUCACGAACAGAACAGACUAAUAAAUCGAUGAUGUCACACCCGUUGAACAGUUUCGACGAUUCGUUCACAUCUCAUGGUCAAACUAGGUCGACAAACAUUUCCAAUUCAACGAGUGUGCCACUUUUUGCUGCGAAUUCAGGAAACCAUGUCCAACAAUCGAGUACAAAUAAAAUUGAAAAUACUGCUCCAACACAUGCUGAAGUUCAACCGGGUUCAAGUGACAAAGUCUCCAACCAGUCGGAACUAUCAUCAACAAACCCUUUCUUCAUCUUUGUGUCUUCUUCUAAUAACACAACCCAACAGCAGACGACGACUGAUUUGAGCUCACCGUGGACUACCGCGGAAACAAACCAGAUGAAUAGUUCGUACGCGCCAACCAACCCUUUUCACGAGCAGAAGAGCUCUGUGUAUAGUCUGUGAAAAUAGUUCGUCUGUGCUAUUUGUCUCACUCAUUUGAAGUACACUUAACGCUUACAGGUUGUUUUUUCUUCUUAACUUGCUUUGGAAAAUGACUCACUAGAAAAUGAGAAAAGUGGAACUAUUCUAUUUUUUUUGCUCAUUUUGAUAAUUUUACAAGCAGUACAGAAAAAAGUUCUUUGGCACUUUGGAUUUUCCUUGGCACUUUGUUCCACAACUCUUAGGAACUGUUUUUGAUAUACCUACGCUUUCAUUAACCAUCAGUACAUAGUACAGAAUUUUGAAUUAUAAUUAGGAUUAGAUGUCAAAAGAGUACUAGACUUCCGUGCGACUCGAAAGCGUUGAUAUUUAGCAGUUAUUGUUUUCAAGCGUGUGACAUGCACAUAAAAAUAGAUCUUUUCUGUUAUACGGCCCAAAAUUUAUUUUUUUUUAUCGUUUUGCAAAUUCGAUCAUAAUGCUUGGGUCUUAUUGCUUGAAAAAAAUUUCAGCGACCGAAAAUUUGGACUUUUUUCACAAACAAGCUCAAUUAAUUAACUAUUCGUAUUUCUGGGCUGUAUUACAGAAAAGACCCUAAAAAUCACUGGUGCUGAAGAUUUUUUGGUGUGAUAAGGUUUCCAUAUUUCCUGCUUGAUGGUCGUAAUUUUAAAACAUAGUUAUUGUUCGAGUGAGUGUCAUCUUACUUCGAGGAUUUUUCACUCUGGUAAAAAAAGAUCUAAUUCGUGUUUAUUUUUUAAAACUUUUCAGAGUGAAAAUCGUGAUAUGAAAUUGCGAAGCUCUAUUUUUCUAUGACAUCCUAAUUUUUUGCUUUUAUAUGUAGUUUACUUGUCUAAUGUAUACGCAUCGAAGCAUAAUCAGUAUUUAAAUAUCUCUAUUUUAUGUUGUUUGUAAAUUUUAUAUUGAAAUUUGAAUUACGUGAUUUGUUCGGAUCCAAACAGUCAAAUGGUGAAAGGUCGAGUUCGAAAUCUCUCCAAAUGUUGCUCUGAAGGUCCUAAUCGAAUUGUAAAUUUAAUGUCCUGGCAAUUA